AUGGAAGCUUCCACAAGAUGGUUGAUGCUGCUCGCCCUGUUCGCGUUCGCGACGUCGUCGGCUUCGGCGUCGUUCGUUCCCUCGGGUGAGGCGGGGUUGAACGACGCGGUGCCGCAGCGCUGGACGGUGAACCUGGACCUGCCGCCGGAGCAGAGAUGGCCGUGGCCCGCCAUGCUGCCCUACUACGGCGGUGCGCUCGAGCACGCUGUGGAGAUGAUCGGGCAGUUCAUCCCCAAGGAGUACACCUCUGUAAUCGUUGGCAUCGCCGAGGAGAUUGGUCGCAUGGGCUACCUGGGCGAGUACGGCGGCGAAAUCGCAUCGGUGGCCAAGGCUGCCAACAUGAGCCUGGGCGAGGCCGUGCUCCUCAACCUCAUCUACGAGAUCGAAGCCGGUUGCACCUCCAUUGUCGCUCAGGGCACCGACGGCACCAUCUACCACGGCCGUAAUCUUGACUUCAAUCUGGCGGGCCUGCUGCGCAACCUCACCAUCGAGGUCGACUUCCAGUCCAAGGGCCAGACGGUGUUCACAGCCACCACCUAUGCCGGCUACGUGGGCGUGCUCACCGGCAUGCGCCCCGGCGCCUUCUCGAUUUCUCUCGAUCAGCGCGAGAGCGGCAGCCCCAUCGAGAACAUUCUGAUGGCCCUGUUCGUUCCCGGAACCACCGCCUCCUGCUUCCUCAUCCGCAACACCCUGCGCGACAAGACCACCUUCGCCGAUGCCGUUUCGGCGCUCUCCAACACUCCUCUCGCCGCUCCCGCGUACAUCAUCGUGGGCGGCACCCAGAGCGGCGAAGGCGCCGUGAUCACCCGCGACAGGGAGUACGCCAGAGACGUGUGGUACAUCGACGUGAACGACGGUCGGUGGUUCGAGGUGGAGACCAACGACGAUCACUGGAGGGCUCCUGACGACCACAGGCGCGGCGUAGCGAACCAGGGAAUGGAAAGACUGGGCUGGACCAAUGUGGGUCUGAAGGGCAUCUUCGAUGUGCUGUCCACACACCCUGUGCUGAACGGAGGAACGACCUACACCACGCUCAUGUCGGCCAGCCUGGGCAACUACUCCACCGUCGUCCGUUCCUGA